UGUCCGUUCUUCGCCGUUAUAUUCUUAGCGCUUUUUUUAAUUAUUGUCUGUUCUUCGCCGUUAUAUUCUUAGCGCUCUCUCUGUCACAGAGAGAGAGUCCAGAGAGAGAGAGCUCUUCGUCCGAUCCGCCUUCAUCUCGAUCGAAAUCUUCCCAUUUGAGGCAUUAUGGCUAGCAAACGAAUUCAAAAGGAACUUCUAGAUUUGCAAAAAGAUCCUCCAACAUCAUGCAGUGCUGGACCUGUUGGGGAGGAUCUAUUCCAUUGGCAGGCAACGAUUAUGGGUCCUGCUGACAGCCCUUUUUCAGGAGGGGUCUUCUUUGUUAAAAUUAAUUUCCCUCCUGACUAUCCAUUCAAGCCUCCCAAGGUCAACUUCCAGACCAAGGUUUAUCACCCAAACAUCAACUCCAAUGGCAGCAUCUGCCUUGACAUCCUCAAGGAGCAGUGGAGCCCUGCCCUGACCAUCUCAAAGGUCCUCUUGUCAAUCUGCUCUCUCCUCACUGACCCCAACCCCGACGACCCUCUUGUCCCUGAGAUUGCCCACAUCUACAAGACUCAGAGGUCCCGCUACGAGGAGACUGCCAGAGCAUGGACCCAGAAGUAUGCCAUGGGCUGACAUCCUCCAAUCUGAAAAGAAAAUUUCGAUGUAAAAAAGCAUCACGAUGUGAGAACUUGUACAAACUAAUUUAGUAUCUUGUGAUGUCUGAGAUGGCUUUGCCGGAUGAAAAGAAGUUGGCAUUGCAUGUGUGCUUCUGUAUACUGCUGUGGAAUUGGAUUACUGUGACAUAUAUGAAUUUUGUAUUGGGUUCUGUUCCAUACUUUAAUUACUCCUGACAUGUGGUGCAGGUAUUUCUUUGCUUCAAAAACUUUA